GUCUUAGGGUAGCGUCUAGUUUCAGAGCUGACGUGACGUCAUCGGUGUGCGCUCAAGCUGCUGAGCGGUGUGUGUCCUCUGUAAGCUGUUGAGGAGUCACACACAGGGAGGGCACAGGGCUUUGGACAGCGGGGAGCAGACAUGUCGGUGAGCCCGGCUGAUGAGAAGCUCCGGCAGCAGCAGCUGAGAGUUCUCCGGAGGAAAUGGCUGAAGGAUCAGGAGCUGAGUCCCCGGGAGCCUGUCCUGCCCACCACCAAGCCAGGUGUCAUGCAGAGAUUCUGGGGCAACUUCCUGCAGAAGAACAGCCUGUGGAGGAACUACACCUUCAGAACGUAUAAUCUUGGUGUUACAGCUGUGACGAAAAUUCUAAUACCAGCCUGGAUCAUUCAUUACUUUAUUAAAUACCAUUUGGAGACAACACCCUAUGCCAUUGUUUAUCAAAAACUUCGUGUGUUCCCAGGUGAUGUCAUUCAGGAGACUGGAGAAGUUAUUCCACCACUUGAUGAGCCAAGCAAUAAACAUCAUCAUUAACAACAACUGUGGCAAUUUCAAUGUUUUUGUAAUAUGCCAGAUGUCUAAUAUACAGCACACCUAAAUAAAACAUUAAAAAAAUA